AUGGCGCAAGAAACGAGUCGCGAUGGCGAUGCCGCCACAGAACAGGUUGAGAGGCCCAGGUCUGCCAACGAAGCUGUGAGAAAGCUAUGGACUAAGAAAACUCUGGGUAUUGCAAUUGGCUGUCUUCUCCUCAUGAACUUCUUCAUGAACCUGACAGUCUACACCCAGAAUGUCUACGAACCAUAUGCGACAAGCCACUUCAAAGCACAUUCUCUACUGGCUACAGGAUCUAUUGUUGCUGGUAUUAUGAGAAUUGUCUCAUAUCCGCUCUUGGCUAAGCUCGCAAACCAUUUUGGGCGACCUCUGGGUUUCGCAGGUGGUGCACUGGCAAUGGCCAUCGGUAAUGCAAUGUACGCAGGCUGUGGCGACGUGGGAACGUUCUUGGCUGGAUCGAUCUUCGACGUCCUCGGUGAUUCGGCUUGGAACAUUAUGCAACAAAUAUUCAUAGCCGACAUUACUACAUUGGUUAACAGAGGUAUCCUCUUCACUCUCCCCGAAUCCAUUACCGCGAUCCCGACUCUAUAUGGAGGAACAUACUUGGGCGAGCAUAUGCUUCUCAACUCCUCUUGGAGAUGGGGCUUUGGCAUGUGGUCCAUCAUUCUGCCCGUCACUGCUAUUCCCACAAUUGGGAUCAUGAUCUGGAUGAACCGUCGAGCAAAGAAAGUGGGAUUGUUCAGCGAAAAAGUAUCCUUUAUGCAUGGUUCUGCUCCCGGCCCCGUGGGUAAAGUCAAGCAUGUCGGAUCUCAACUGGAUCUUAUUGGCGCCCUUCUUCUAGUCGCUGGUCUUGCGAUGACAUUGCUUCCGAUGACUAUCGCCGGCAGGAAUAAUACCGAUCGUUGGAGUCGACCUUCUUCUAUUGUCCUCAUCAUCAUUGGUGUUCUCACCUUUGUCGCCUUCCUCGUCUGGGACGGCAAGUUCGCCGCCAACCCUAUCAUUCCCUACCGUACUAUUCGCGAACACAACGUUGUCAUUGCCUGCGCAUCAGUAAUCAUUAUCGCCAUGUCCGACAGCAUCUACCGGCCCUUCCUAUCUAGCUUCCUCCAAGUUGCAGGGCAUUACUCUCCUGGCGCCGCGACACGAGUAGAUAAUGCUCAGCGCGUGGCCUACAACGUCGGUGCGUUAGUAGCUGGUCUGUCUCUUAAGUUCAUCAAGAACACUAAGCCUCUGAUUAUGCUUGGAGUUGUGUGCAUCAUCUUGGCUGCUGGACUUCCGAUCUACCUCACCAAUAUUUCCGGCACACACAUCGCCAGUGAAGCUGCUUUCAUUACAUCUAAGUCACUUCUUGGUGUUGGACGUGGUUUCACACAGGUACCGCUCCAAGUGUCUCUCCAAGCCGUACUUGAGAACGAACAAGUCGCCAUUGCGACAGCCGUCUAUCUUUCCUCUCUCGGCUUCGGCUCCAAUCUCGGCGUCACCGUCAGCGGCGCCAUCUGGAACUCUCUGCUCCCACGAAAGCUCAUCGCCUACUUUGGCGAAGAAGAAGGUCGCAAGAUUUUUGGAUCAAUUGUUGUCGCACGUGGAUACGAAGCUGGCACUGCUGAUAGAGACGCUAUUGAUACUUGCUACCGACAGACACAGCAGACUCUUGCCAUCGGAUCUGUUUGCGUGUCUGGUCUACUUCUGUUGAUGCUUUAUCUUGUUCACAAUGUCAAGCUUGGAGAAGAAGAUAAGAAGAGAGCUGCAAAGGCUGAUGAAGAGCUUGCUUGGGCUAUCAAGCAGAAGGAGACUGAGGGAGGACCUGUUGAUAUCGAGGCAGGAAAUAAGCACUAG